ACAACCUUGGAUAGCCGUGCCACCUGACUUGCCCUCGCAAAUUUCCCCGACCUUUUCCUGUUUGGUGUCCAAUUUCUGCUUUCUUUGCCUCCUCUCGUUUUCUCUUAUGGCUAAAGACCAAAUGUCACUCAUUUAUUCCUCUUUCCGGGCCAUCUUUGCCCUUUCAUGAGUUAAUCAAGUCACUCUUUAUCUGAAAUCCCAGUACUCUCUUUUUCUCUUCCAAUCGACCCGUCUCACCAAUACGAGCCACACAAAUACGAGCUGCCAUGAUGUCACGAUCGACCGUUGCCCGUUUGGCAGGGCUACUUUUGAUCACGGGCCUCAUUUCCUCGGUAUCCGCUGCCAGGACAGUCGACUGGAAGCCCAGAUCGAUAUACCAGACCAUGACGGAUCGUUUCGCUCGCACAGAUGGAUCGACAACAGCACCAUGCAACACUACGGCGGGUCUUUACUGCGGGGGGACAUGGCGAGGAACCAUCGACCGUCUCGACUACAUCCAAGGAAUGGGAUUUGAUGCUGUGAUGAUCUCCCCCAUCAUCGAGAACAUCCAUGGCUCGGUCUACUAUGGUGAGGCCUACCACGGGUACUGGCCAUUGAACCUCGACAAUCUCAACUCUCAUUUUGGGACACAUCAAGACUUGCUGGACCUCAGUGACGCUCUUCACUCCCGGGGCAUGUACUUCAUGAUGGAUACGGUGAUCAACAACAUGGCCUACAUCACGAAUGGCACCGAUCCCGCCAAAAAUAUCAACUCCAUCGACUACUCCGUCUUCACACCCUUCAAUAACGCUGACUAUUUCCAUCCCUACUGCAAAAUCAAAAACUGGAAUGACAUGUCCGAGGCGCAAAGGUGCCAGACAGGUGAUACGUACGUGCCGCUGCCGGAUCUUUUCACAGAGCACGAAGAUGUCCAGCAGCUUAUGAUCAAAUGGGCGAACAAGGUUAUCAAGACCUAUUCCAUUGAUGGGCUCCGGAUUGACGCUGCCAAGCACGUCAGCCCGGGUUUUCUGCACAACUUUUCCAAGGGUGUCGACACUUUCAUGACGGGAGAAGUCCUGGAAGGGGCAGUCAGCAUCAUGGAGGAUUACCAGACCAACUACAUCGACAGUUUGCCAAAUUAUCCAAUCUAUUUCGACAUCCUAAAUGCUUUUACCACUGGAAAUACGUCCAGCUUGGCGAAAACAGUGGAGAACAUGAGAGUCUCGAUACCAGAUGUCAAUGCUAUGGCCUCUUUUUCCGAAAAUCACGACAAGGCUCGAAUUGGUAGCUUUUCCAAAGACAUGGCGAUGGCCAAAAACGUCCUGGUGUUUACCAUGCUGUUUGACGGAAUCCCGAUGAUAUAUCAAGGUCAAGAGCAACAUCUGACGGGAAACGCGGUGCCUACCAACCGAGAAGCCAUCUGGCUCACCAAGUACGACACCAACACGGAGCUCUACAAGCUUAUCGCAAAGCUGAAUAGCAUCCGGAGCCACGCAGCCUUCUUGGGCACAGACUACUUUGAGGACUCGACUCACACGAUCUUCCAGGGGGCCAGUGAGCUUGCUUUCACAAAGGGUGUCCAGGGUCGACAAGUCGUCAUGGUGUUGUCCACUCAACCCUCGACCAGUGGAGCCUACGAAAUCGACAUGGCCGUCAGCUACAAUGCCGGCACGCCAGUGACAGAUGUUCUGAACUGUAAGAACUAUACUGUCGACAACCAGGGCCUGCUGCGUGUUGGGAUGGACAAGGGAGAGCCCCGGGUUUUCUUCCCCACCAAAUACAUGGACGGUAGUGGUCUUUGUGGCUACGCUCAGUCGAACGUUACCCUCGCGAUGUUGAAAACUCACAGUGGUUCGACGUCGGCUGGAAUGCAAUUUACCAGUGGUACCAGUGUAGCGACCUUCCUGCUAGCACUGGUGACCAGCACCUUCGUCAUGUUCCUGUGAAAGAAAUGCCCCGAAAGACCUUUCUUCGCUCUUCCCUUCGUUUCUUCUUCUUUCUUCUUUCUUCAUUUUUCAUUUUUCUUCUUCUGAUCCUUAUUUUUUUCACAUUUUUUUGCCAUUUUUUCCCAUUGCGGCGAGCCGUAUUUACGGCUCGGCUUGGUUCGCGGAGAUAUCCUUUUAUGUGCCAUAUUUUUU